AGAAGUUUCAAACUCGGGGGUUUUUACCAAUGAACUAAUGGGUAGUCGUUCAUUGGAUGUAUUUGUUUACUGGUUGGUUCCAGAUUCGUUAUGAAUGUAGCUAAUGCACUUUCGAGUCGUACAGUAUGUCUUUUAUACCAUGAAUUGUCAUCGACUUGUUAUUCUCAAAUACAUAUCCACUAGAGUCCAAGUCUUCUACUAUAGAUACCUCUACUUUUCAGUAUUUCUGCUAUUAAUUGUCUUUAACAUGUACAGUCAGUCUUCAAGAUACGAUUAAUUUACCCUUUUUAUCCUCGAAUCCCAGUCUAUCAUUAGUUGCACUUCCACUGCUGUAUUUUUACUU